AUGAAUAUUUCUAUUUUCUUUGUGUUUCUAUUGCUUAUUCAAAAUUCAAAAGAAACAUUCACAGAAAUUCAGACGUAUACAGUAGAAGACUUUAAUAGUAAUACACCUACACUAAUAUUUAUAUAUUAUAAUACUAAAGAAAGUACUUGCUUUUCUUGUGAAUCAUAUAAAAAGUGGUUAGAAUCAUUUGAAGAUUAUAAAGUGGGCGUAUUCUCAAUUAAAAGGCUUAAUUUCAGUGAUGAUCCAAUACUUGCACUGAGGUUUAAAGCAACUAGUUUCCCUACUUUCUUCUUACAGCACAAGAAGAGGUUUAAAAAUAUUACAUCCAUUGACAUAUUAGACCAUAAUCUGUCAUAUGACAAGAAAUACCAUAAUGACAUCGAUGCAAUUCUUAAGAAUCCAAGGAUUCUUGAUAGAAUAGAAACAUUAGAAGGGCUUAAAGCACCUUCUUCUGUGCUUAUGUUGGUGUAUGCGUAUGCAUUUACUUGUCUUAUGGCAGUAAUCAACAUACUCGAUAGAAUAUCAGAAAUUGCAUCAUUUAAAUUUGUUAUUACUACGCUGUCUAUAACUCUAAGCGUAUCUGUGCUUAUUAGGCUAAUUAACAGAAGGCAUACUAAUAUAAAAUUAUGUAAUGCACAGAAGUGUAAAUAAAAUAAAAAAGUAAAAGAGAA